UUUCAUGGUAAACCCUAUAAGUCAGAGACGUAGAGUAGGUGAGUUCUUCAUUGUCAACAUCUACCCUGUUCAGACUAUACUCUCCUGUCUCUCUCUCUCUCUCCCUCCGUCAACUCAAUCCAUCCAUUCUACCAGGGCUCCAUCAGGAUGGUGUCAGCUGGGUUACAGAUGCUGGGCACAGCCCUGGCGAUCAUCGGCUGGCUGGGAAGCAUCAUCAUCUGUGCUCUGCCCAUGUGGAAGGUGACAGCUUUCAUCGGAGCCAACAUCGUCACCGCUCAGGUCAUCUGGGAAGGGUUAUGGAUGAACUGUGUGACCCAGAGCACGGGCCAGAUGCAGUGUAAGGUCUACGACUCCCUCCUGGCCUUACCUCAGGACCUGCAGGCCGCCAGGGCUCUGAUCAUAAUCGCCAUAAUUGCCGGCGUGUUCGCCAUCCUGCUUGGCAUCGCCGGCGGGAAGUGCACCAACUUCGUGGAUAACGAGAGGUCCAAGGCCAAGGUAGCCAUCGCUAGCGGAGUCGUCUUCCUCAUUGCUGCCCUUCUGGUUCUGGUCCCUGUCUGCUGGUCGGCCAACACCAUCAUCCGAGACUUCUACAACCCCCUUUUGAUCGAGGCCCAGAGAAGGGAGCUGGGAGCCUCACUCUACAUCGGCUGGGGCUCCGCAGGGCUGAUGAUCCUGGGCGGGGCGCUCCUCUGCUGCUCCUGCCCCCCCAAAGAAGAGAACCACAAUGUCAAGUACUCCAAGGCUGCUAGUUCCGUGGCUGGCAGCAGCAAGGCCUACGUCUUGACAACAACCAGCAAGCAGCUAGAGAGACAGUGUGUUCUCUCCUCUGCCCCCUCUAACAUGGUCUCUCUGGGGAUCCAGAUGCUGGGCAGCGCCCUGAGCCUGCUGGGCUGGGUGGGGGUCAUCCUGACCUGCAUCCUGCCCAUGUGGAGGGUCACGGCCUUCAUUGGAGCCACCAUCAUCACGUCUCAGACCAUCUGGGAGGGUAUCUGGAUGAGCUGCGUGGUCGAGAGUACGGGCCAGAUGCAGUGUAAACCAUACGACUCCCUCCUGGCCCUGUCCUCCGACCUCCAAGCUGCCAGAGCGCUCACCGUCCUCGCCAUCGCCACGGGCACCGCCGGGCUCCUACUGGCCUUCGUCGGGGGGAAGUGCACUCGGUUUCUGGACGAGCAAGGUGGCGGGGUCAAAGAACGGGUUGCCGUGACAGCGGGCGCGGUGUUGAUCGCCACGGGGGUGCUGUGCCUGAUCCCCACUUCGUGGGCUGCUGGGGCGGUGGUGCAGGGGUUCUACAGCUCCGCCACCGAUGCCCAGCGGAGGGAGAUCGGGGCGUGUCUAUACAUCGGCUGGGGGGCAUCCAUCCUUCUCAUCCUGGGAGGGGGGCUGUUCAUCAGCUCCUCCUGCCCCCUCAGGGCCCACGAUGAGGAUAAGAGCCCCUCUGUUCGCUACCUGGUGGUUCGCUCUUCCAACGGAGCCGCCUCCAGCCAGGCAGCAGCCUCCCAGCACAGCAGGGGACCGUCCACAAAGUCCCAGGCCAACGGCAAAAUGGCCUUUACCAGGUCUCACAGCAGCCAGGCAGCAUCUGCCAAGUCUCAGCCCUGGGGAGUGGUGAAAACCAGGCCUCCCUGGGAGGAGUACGGGCUAGGUAUGGUAGAGCAGGACUACAUCCCGGGGUCUGGGGGGAGUAAGGCACCGUCUACAAAGUCUCAGUUGAACAGACUGGAGUCUCAGGAGAGUUUAGCAGACAAGUCUCAACCCAGUGAGGAUGAAUCCUUAAACCCAACUAAGACCUAUCUCUGAGACCACACACACACACACACACACACACAGAGAGAGAGAGAGAGCAUGGUUUAUGGAAAAUAUGGACAUUAACUAUGCCUUGUUUACUUGUUUAUUUGUUUUGUGUGUGAAAAGUGAUAUUAGACAUUUGAAUAUUUGCUGAAGGAUAUAACUGGCACUGAAAGGUUCUCUCUUUAUUAGCUGGGUUUGAUAUAACUGGCACUGAAAGGUUCUCUCUUUAUUAGCUGGGUUUGAUAUAACUGGCACUGAAAGGUUCUCUCUUUAUUAGCUGGGUUUGAUAUAACUGGCACUGAAAGGUUCUCUCUUUAUUAGCUGGGUUUGAUAUAACUGGCACUGAAAGGUUCUCUCUUUAUUAGCUGGGUUUGAUGAUAUAACUGGCACUGAAAGGUUCUCUCUUUAUUAGCUGGGUUUGAUAUAACUGGCACUGAAAGGUUCUCUCUUUAUUAGCUGGGUUUGAUAUAACUGGCACUGAAAGGUUCUCUCUUUAUUAGCUGGGUUUGAUAUAACUGGCACUGAAAGGUUCUCUCUUUAUUAGCUGGGUUUGAUAUAACUGGCACAGAAAGUUAGGUUCUCUUUAUUAGCUGGGUUUGAUAUAACUGGCACAGAAAGUUAGGUUCUCUUUAUUAGCUGGGUUUGUUUAUGACAUGUAAAAGCUGUUCCAUGUAUUGUUGCUGUAAUAAUGUAUGUAAAGAAAAGUCUACUUCCCAUGAUGUGAAUAUGUUUUCAGUCCCUUUAACAAUGACCAGACAUAUACAGUAAGACUAUUGAUUAGUGUUUAUAUGAAGCUUCUUGGUUCUGCAGUUUGCAUUUCCUUUUUAUGUAGCUCUUUUACGUAACAAAACUCAGAAUUAGUUCAAUAUGAAUUAGUAUGUGACCAGCUACGCUAUGGAAAGCCCCAGCCGGGAUAAACCAGUUUGACAGAGAGUGAGUUGAGGCUGAGCUCACACCAAUGGUUUGCAUUGUGUUAGGGAGCGAUAAAAUGGGGUGUUCCGAAUGGCACCCUAUUGCCUAUACAGUGCACUACUUUUGACCAGGGCUCAUAGGGAAUAGGGUGCAAUAUGGGAUACACACCGUGAUGUUCGUGAAGGAUUCAAAUGAGAGUUUCACCAGAUCACGGACAUGUGACGUCUGGGUUUUGUUUAUUAAAAUACAAUGUUUUCCUGUUUACCCUGAACAAGUAUAUCUCUACCAUGAGGUGAGGAUCAAAUGUACUGUCGGCCUACAUGCUUCUAGCCUACUAAACCCAAUGUAACAAACACAAGCUCUGUUUUGCCAAAUUAGGAUGACAAUGCAGGUUUGAGCUCCCUCUGGUGUCUGGAUGGGUUUGUACAUGAACACAGUAAACACAGUAACUCUCAUUGACUAAAGGGUAUAUAUUAAUGAGCAGGAGAAAACCCUCAGGCCCCAAGGACUGAAUGUACAAUAUGAAUAAAUGUUUGGAACCAC